CAUCAGCUAACAGUAGCUGAAAAAACGUGUAUUUGUCUCUUACCGACACUUACCGAGCAAGGUAGAGAAAAUGGAACCAGAUCUGAUUCAAAAUUCAGUUGCACACGAAACACAAGAUGAUUUAGGACCUAAUCUCAUACGAAUGAAAAUAACCGACCAAAUAAAGGAAUUACAGACAGUGCUUCGCGACAAGAGCACAUCUAGGAGUGAUUUUAUAUUCCAUGCAGAUAGAUUGAUCCGUCUUGUUGUAGAAGAAGGUUUGAAUCAGCUACCUUAUACGAAAUGUUCAGUUAUUACUCCCACAGGGUAUCCAUAUGAUGGACUGAAGUAUGAACGAGGCAAUUGUGGAGUCAGUAUUAUGAGGAGUGGAGAGGCAAUGGAACAAGGUCUCCGAGACUGCUGUCGGUCAAUCAGGAUUGGAAGCACUGGUAACACUGUGAUUCAAGCCAUUAAUGUCCUCAGAGAGCACGAGGUGAAAGAACACAACAUUAUUAUUCUGAAUCUCUUUACUACACCUGCAGCUGUCAGAUCUGUACUCCAAACAUUUCCAGAAGUGAAACUGUUGACCUCCGAGGUCCACCCUGUGGCUCCAAAUCAUUUUGGGACCAAAUAUUUCGGAACAGACUGAGAAACACCCGUGAUUGGUUGACCACAUUGAGGCCAAGUAUUUUGUGAUGACGAGCAAGACGACAGCAAUUCAUGUUUUGGCCUGCAGAGCCAGUUUAAUGGACAACUUUUCCAGUUCUCUGAACACUAGCAGUUGGAACAUUUUUCCUUGCUUGAGGAUGUCGUGGUCCAAGGCCUACCUCAGAAUUAUGUCAAUAUGAAUAUGAAUGAUUGGGGGACAAUAAAGCUGAAAGCUACUGUCAGGAAAUUGUUGGUUUAGUCAAGUAGUAGAAGAGCUAAUGUGCAAUUUACGAAUUGGAAAUAUGAAUCUUUUAUCAAAGCUCAUGCAUGUUAUUGUAUUAGUAGGUGACUUAUUCCUGUACGAUGAGCUUUGUGUACGAACUAUUGCAAUGACAUGUUCCUUCUUAAACAAUGGGCCAUUAACAGACUUACUAAAAGAAGAAAUUAGGAUAUGAGUUGACAAGCUUGUUGAGCCAGUACAAUCUGUAUUUAUUUAUCCAUUAUUUAAUUUUAUUUAUUUAUUUGUAUAUUUACUUAAUUUUUUUUUUAGUCUGCAUCAUCAACAUUGGAGCGUUGCUGAGAGCCAGUAAAAUUGAAGUUUGGCUAGUUACGUAAUAUUUUUGUUUAGUUACUGCUAUGGUCUAUUGGAUUCUUAGGUCCUGGUGACCUGAAGGCCCUGUUGGUUUUUUUUUUUUUUUUUUUUUUU